AUGGCCCCAUCCCAGGUUUUCUCUCAGACUCUCCGCUCCAUUACCCGCACCAAGUUCAACCAAUUGGCUAGGCAGAAGGUCGCCUUCGAGUCUGCAAAGGCCGCGCUGCUGCGUGAUGCAGACGAUGAGCCCAGCCCCAAACGGGCCAAGGUUUUAGUCGACGGCGCUGCCAAGCUGUCCACCACCUCUUCGUUGUCGCAGCCCACGGCCGAGACUCUCCAGCGAUUCCUCCUUCAGGCAGAAAACGACCCGUCUGUUUCCCAGGAAGCUAUAGAAAGCUACGAGCAUGACUUGCGUAACGAGCUGGACGCCUGCUCGGAAAAGCACCGUUUCGCCGAGCUGUAUGCCAAGCUGAUCAACGAGUGGAUCUCGAUCAGCGAAUCUGACUCUAGCCAUCUCCAUGUCCCACGCGCCGAAAGCCAGGAGCAGCGCGCUGUUUGGGAGCAGUACGUCUUUUGUGCCAAAGAAGUAGAUGGGGCAGCCAUCCAGACUUAUCUCGGCAACCUCUUCCAAUCUGGAGGGUCCAGUCACGUCAAAAAGGCCUACACCGACGUCGUGGCAUCAAUCAAGUCUUUCCAACUAACCUGGGACCUCGAAACUCAUUUUGACGAGGAUUCCCUACAGCAUUGUAUCCAAGGACUCCUAAGGACCGAUCUUUUGAACGACCAGAAGCGCACGACCCUCAACGACUUCCUCGGAAACAAAGUGGUUCUUCGUGAAAUUGCAGACGUCCUCAACAUGCGCAUGCGGACACGGGCCUCGUGGGAAUGGGAUGACGAUUGUACCGUUGAGCCCCGCCGCCAUCUCAACGGCCGCUACCGCUUCUACCCUGACGAGGAUCUUCUUCAGUCCCUGUUCCUCUACUACAUCGGCAGGAGAUGGUGUGUCAUGCUGCGUCAGGCAGCCGAGACCUUCUGCAAGCAACGCCAGUUGCCCCGCGAAAUUGACGAGCAGCGCGGCGGCUACGGCGACGACAAGGCGAGCAUAGACGAUAACCGCAAAUCUCCCAUCGCAGUGGUUCAGAAGCUACUACAAACGCUACAAACUAAUAUCAUCGUACAAAACAAGCUCGGCCGCGAGACUACCGUCAUACGCUCCGACUUCAAGUGGUUUGGCCCAAGCCUCCCUCACGCGUCCAUCUUUGCCGUUCUUGAGUUCCUCGGCGUGCAGCCCGACUGGAUCGACUUCUUCCGCCAGGUCCUCGAAUGCCCACUUCGUUUCGAAGACGACUCCCCCGACACUCCUGCUCGGACACGCAAGAGGGGCAUACCGCUCAGUACACCACUGGCUGAUUUCUUCGCCGAAUCAGUCCUCUUCUGUCUCGACUUUGAUGUAAACCAGAGGGCUAAUGGUGCUCGUCUCUAUCGCCUUCACGACGACAUGUGGCUCUGGAACUCGGCUGAGACCUGCGCGGCGGCCUGGCGGGUAAUAACCGAGUUUACUGGUCUGUUUGGUCUCGAGCUGAACGACGACAAGACGGGCAGCGCCACCAUACUGCCAGGGAGCAGUGAUGGCCAGGUUGACGAAGCCAUGGGUCUCCCCUCAGGUGAUGUCACCUGGGGCUUCCUGAAGCUUGACACGACCGCCGGGAGGUUCGUCAUCGACCAAGCCAAGAUCGACGCGCACAUCGACGAACUCCGUCUUCAGCUAGACGCGUGCAGAAGCACUCUAGACUGGAUCCGGGCAUGGAACACAUACGGUUGCCGCUUCUUCACGACCAACUUCGGAUCCCUGGCAAGGUGCUAUUCUCGCGCACACGUUGACGCCAUCAUCAGUACAUUCCGUCAUAUCCAGCAAGUGCUCUUCCCCUCACUUGGUGGGGGCGUUGGCGCCCGGCUGAAGGAAAUGCUCGCCGAGAGGUUCGGCAUUACCGACGUGCCUGACGGCUUCCUGUACGCACCCGUCGCUCUGGGCGGCCUGGGUCUCCAGAGCCCGUUCUUAAUACCCUACAUUUACCGCGACGGGAUGCCCGAGGAUUCAGGCGUGCAGAUGGACAUGUUCCUUGAGGCGGAGAAGCUAGACUACGACGCGGCAAAGAGGGCAUUUGAGUCGUCGGACGAGCAGUGUGACGACUUAAAUAACAACGGACAAUUCUCUCCUGACUUCAUGGACUUAGAAGACGACAACACCUUCUUCAGCUUCGAGGAGUACACCCGGCACAGGGAGAGGACAUCGGCAGGGUUACGAACCGCUUUCGACGGUAUCAGCCAGGAGCCCCUGCCAAAGCCACUGGAGCCGCCUAAAAUCCUCUCGGGGCUGCUGCCCGAGGAUUGGGACGACAUGGCGCCUUACGACCAGUGGGUUUGCCUGCAGCACUCGAAAGAGAUUGUUACGCGGUUUGGCGGCUUGGUUAUUCUCGAGAAAGGGAUGCUGCCGACGGGAGUGAUAGAGAUGCUGCAGCAAAGCCGAUUUCAGUGGCAGGGCUGA